GUUCGACAUAGGCGCACGUCAGCAUCCUCUCUUCUUCUGACCAACGUGACCCUAUCUCGGUGCAUCGUCAGUCAUAGUCCCGAUCUUCUUUCUAAAUCUUGUUUGUCAGACUGUGCGACGUAACGAAAUAGGUAUAUAAGGGUCUGUAAAGCUACAUAGUCUGAUCACACUACCCGUGCUUGAAGCAAUCUAAACCCAUAUCCUUUGAACACAGUAUGGGAUCCUACAAAGUUUUUUACUGCACACUCGGCGCCAUAGGCACAGGUAGCAUAGUCUACCUCCUCACGCGUCGCAAGGAUACCACGCCAAGUACUAUCAAUCUUUCUGGCGCGGAAAAUUGCAAGUACAUUCUCGAUAACUCGCAUUCGCACACCUUCUCGCUAAGCGACGGCCGUAAGCUUGGCUACGCAGACUACGGCGACCCGGAUGGUAAGCCUGUUCUGUACCAACAUGGUUUUCCGGGAAGUCGCAUCGAGGCGACGCGGGUACCAUGAACUAGGAAAAGAGCUAGGACUCAGGAUCAUCAGCGUCGAUCGCCCGGGAUAUGGGUGGAGUAGUCCGUUCGAGAAGUUCGGCGCGAGGACAAUAAAGAGCUGGGCGAGCGACAUCAAUGAACUCGCGGAAGGAUUGAGACUCAACGAGUACGCUGUAAUGGGCGUAUCCGGUGGCGGCCCCUACGCGCUAUCCCUCGCUCAUGGCCUUCCGAAGCAUAAGCUGAAAGUUGUGGGUCUAAUCUGUGGCAUAGGGCCGUCAGACAUUGGCAUGUCUGGCGCUGGAUGGCCUACUUACUUGGGUUUCACAGCCGGCUGGCGCUAUGCUGAUAGGAAGAUCACCCAGAUUCUCGUGCGGUGGUUCUUCCAGCGCGAUAGCGCCGACAGUUUGGAGCUCUCUGACGAAGAGCGCUUGCGGAUUUUCCUAUCGCCAGAUCGCACCAAGGGUAUGAACGACGCUGAUAGAGGGUUCUUCGGCAACGAAGAUGAGAUGCGCGCGUAUAUCGCUACUUCCAGAGCGAGCUACGAGCAGGGUUUUGACGCUUUGUACAAGGAUGGAUAUGCAAUGUGUACGGAUUGGGGGUUUAAGGUACAGGAUAUCCAGAAAGAUUUACCGUUUGUGUUGUGGUACGGGAGUCAGGACAGGAAUGUGCCGCCAAAUCAUGGCAGGACGAUUGCGCAGCAGUUGAGGACAGAGAACGAGCAGCGAGCCGGCGAGAUAGAGGACAAGGGUCCCGUAAUAUGGAAGGAGAGGGUUAGGCUAAGGAUGCUAGACGACACACAUGCGAGUAUAAGCAUGCGGGACAAAAGAGGGUAUCUAGUAGAUAUCCUAAACGCGUGGGGACAGACUAGUUACAAGGUAUAGUUUGCCUUUGUUAUAGGUUAAUUACAUGUAAUAGUAGGAAAGAUAAUAGACUUACAAAAAACACUAGGUAGAGUAUAAUUAGGCCUAUGUUUCUAUAUUUAAUAAUAGUAGAGAUAAAAUAGAUAUAUAGUAAGUAGUGCAGUAUACUAAGUAGUAUACUUUU